AUGACCGGAGUAAUCAAGAUAAUCCCGAAUAUUUUCCUUCCUGCUGUCCGGUGGACAGGGCUCUGUCCCGGGAUGUCUCCGACGCUGUCCCCUCACAGCUGCGGGCUCCGGCCCCUGGCCGACUCGGUGUCGGAGCUGCUCUCCACAGUCGGUGAGGAGGUCCUGGGUGCCCUGGAGAUCCGGGGCAGGUCGUCCAGAGGUCUGGGCCGCUUGGUGCAGCUGCUGCGGCCGCUUCUCACGGACGGUAUGGCGGCGGCCGCCCAGCGGAUUGUCGCGCUGCUGGAGCGGGAGGUGGAGGUGUACCGGCGGCAGCUGGAGCGGCAGAGCCGGCUGUUGGAGGCCGUACUGAGCCCGGUGGUCCGGCUGAGACGGACAGUUAGUUUCUCCUCUGCCAUCCAGACAACCCCAAACAAGGAAGGCCUCCCUUUGCCAUCAGCUCAAGCCAGUUCUGCCUCCUCAGACAUUUCUGCUUCUGAUGGCGAUGAAGAACGGAUCGACAUCGAAAACUCCGACAAGACAGGAAGAGACGGAGCAGAUGAAGCGGGCCAGGCUGCCUCUUCCGAUAAACCCGCGUCUAAUCGCUGUGUAAUCUGUGGGAAAACCUUCCGUCACAAAGGAAAUCUCGUGAGACACGUUGAAACGCACGGCCCAGAAAAUCUCUGCGGUGUCUGCGGGAAACGCCUCCACGCUUCAGAAGACUUAUCAGACCACCUCGGUUCCCACAGGGGAAGCGCUGGCACGGGCAUGACCUGCCAGGUCUGCGGGAAGCCGUUUCAGAACAUGGAGACGCACCUACGGAGCCACACUGGGGUCAAACCUUAUAGCUGCGACGUCUGCAGCAAGAGCUUCCCACGAGCCGCGGCGCUGAAGAGGCACAAGGAGAUUCACAGCCGACGGAAGCCCAGCACCUGCCAGAUCUGUGGGACGGCGUUUGCUGAGAAGCAGCUGCUUCUGGAGCACCUGAAGACGCAUGAAGAUCGCAGCGAAGGGGAUGAUUUAGGAGAGGAUGAGGAUCCAGAGACGGUUAAAGAGAAAGUGAACACAGAAGUGACCCUCAGUGGGCCUCAUUCCUCGCUCUGCUGCAGAGUCUGUGGAGAUUACUUUCACAGCCGAGGCUUCUUAACCAAACACGCAGAGGCACACAGCAGCGCCUCCAGAUGUGUGUGCGGAGUUUGUGGGGAGCAGCUGGACUCAUCGGACAGUCUACAGACUCACCUGCAGUCUCACAGGGAGACCGGUGGGAUGUGCGGCGUCUGCGGGAAACGUUUCCAGAACAUGGAGACGCACAUGCGGAUCCACACGGGGUUGAAGCCGCACCGUUGCCCCGUCUGUGGCAAACGCUUCCCCAGACCCGGAGCUCUGAGGCGACACCGGAAGAUCCACAGCGCCAAGAGUCCACGCGAUCACGGGAGACAAGACGGCGAGUCUCAAGAGAAUGCAGUGGGUCAAAACGCCAAGAUGUCAGCGCAUCCAUCGUCCUGCUGCAAAGUCUGUGGGGAGACUUUUCAGAGCAAAGGGAAUCUAAGGAAACAUGUCAAGAGCCACCUUUCAGAGUCUGUCUGUGGAGUCUGCGGUGAGCGUCUGCUGCCGUCUGAGACGCUGGCCGACCACCUGCAGGGCCACAAGGAAAAAGGUAAGGUUUGCCACAUCUGUGGCAACACCUUCCAAAACAUCGAAACUCAUAUGAGGAGCCAUACGGGCAUCAAGCCGUACCCCUGUCCAAUCUGCGGGAAGUCCUUCCCGCGACCCGGCGCUCUGCGACGACACAAGAGGAUCCACAGUGGCGAGCGGCCCUACAUCUGCGAGUUCUGCGGGAAGACGUUCACUGAGAGCUCCUCUCUGACGGCCCACAUCAGGAACCACAACGCCGACCGACCCGUCAGCCGCGUCUCCUGUGAGACCUGCGGGAAAAGUCUCGCCUCGGUCCAGGUCCUAGAGGUUCACAGGAGGAUUCACACGGGGGAGAAGCCGUUCCCCUGCCGCAUCUGUGGGAAAGCGUUCAGGCAGGUGGGAGGGCUAAACUCCCACAUGCUGACGCACACUGGAGAGAAACCGUUCAGCUGCAGCCUCUGCAGCAAAAGCUUCAGCACCAAAGGAUACCUAGAGAUCCACAUCCGCUUCCACAAGAAGGAACGGGCCUUUGGGUGCCACUUGUGCUGGAAGGCCUUCGUCACCAAGAACGACCUGAAGAAACACCUGCUGACCCACACCGGAGAGAAGCCCUACGGCUGCCAGGUCUGCGGGAAAAGCUACCAGGAGAAACGCUCCCGAGACGUCCACAUGAAGGUGCACCAGCUGGUCCAGGACAGCAGGGAGCCAAUCAGAAGGCAGGAGGGUCUCCAGCCAGGCUUCAUCCAACUGUAGAGAACAAGGGGUCUCAUUUAUAAAACUUUGCAUGGAAUCCAUACUAAAAGUGGAUGUAGAAGAAGGAGAAAAUGGCGUAUGCAAAAAUUAAUUCUUCUUUAUAAAACUAUGUGUACUCACACCAGCACACAGUUUCCCUUUAUAGAUCACAGCUGUACCUGAAUGUUUGUGUGCCUGGUCCCGCCUCAGGUGCUGCCCUCUACACGCCUCAAUUUAACCACAAAUGGUCUAUACAAAGCACCUCAUGAAUGUUAUUGUGGAUUAAAAAUGGGUCAGCUGAUCUUUUUUUGUUAACUGGCAACCACAGAGAAAAAGCAAAGAAAUGUGAAAAUGAUGAGUUUAUUAAAUGUGUAAAUCAGAGGGGAAAGCGCAUAUAGGUAAGGUGAUUUAUUUGUCAUUAUACAUACAGGGACAGCAAUUUCCCUCUGGGAUUAUUAAAGUAUGUCUGAUUCUGUCUGAUACAUGCAAUGAAAGUUCAUAAUGGAGGGUUAGCCUGAGCCGCUGCGACUGAGCGCGCCGCCACUAAUGGCCGACCUGACCAGCAGGUCUUUAGCGGUAGGGGAAACCGGAGGAAAUCUACGCAGACACAAGGAGAACAUGCAGACUCCACACAGAAAGGCCCCAGCCAAGCCUGCAACUCAAACCCGAGGAUCUUCUUGCUGUGAGGCAAGAGUGCUAGCCACUGCGCCACCGUGCUACUUUUUUUUUUUUUUGGACAUAUGUUGUCGACAUUAAAAUAACUUGUUAAAAAGUUAACUUGAUAUGAUGGAUGACAGCCUCACACUGUGCUCCUAAUUCUAGCUUUCAUUAAAGAUCAUUUUAUUUAAGAUUGAAGUUGGGAUAUGGACAUUUUUAUUUAUUUGAAAGUCCUUACAUAUACUUAAGUGUUACCAGAGCAAGCAUGAAUAAAACUGCGGUAUUGAAUGCUUGUCAAGUCAAACUAUGAUUGAAGUCUGAUGUGGAGUGAAACUGAACAUCUGAGAGAAACCAUUAUGCAGUCUGGCUGCAGUUCACCACUUUACCAUCCACGCCGCCAUUAUCCCCUGUCUCCAAGUUUAGCGGAUGCAUUCUUAUGGGUCAGACUUGCUAUGAGGACCGCACAUUUUUCCAUAAAGUUUUUUUAAAUUUUUUAUUUAUCCCAACUUUGCGUGGAAAGUGACGUUUCCGGGCCCCAUUUUGUGUGUACACCGCAAGCUUUAUAAAUGAGACCCCAGAUCAGUUAAAUGUAGUGUUAUAAACUGGCGAACAGGAAUAUUGUGAGAGAAGGGACUUUAUUUGUCUAAAAGUGAACAAUCAAAGAAGAUUGAGAGAACUGAAGAUCGAGGCUACCAAAAAAGACACAUUUUUAACCUUUAAAAGGUCUUAUUCUUCAGAUUAUUCCUUCUUACAGAAAAACAAAAAGAGCAUUUAUUAUAGUUAGCAUUAACCAGAAAAAAAUAAAAUAAACAAAAUUCAGAGGAAUUACUUUUCCUAAUUUGUUGAAAUAUUUUCUGAAUAUUUAAAAAAAUAUAUUUCAAUUUUAGCAUCUUUAAGAAAAAUUAUGUUUUAUGACUUUAACUCAUGACAGACAAACCUGAAUUUGAUAUUUUUACUAUUCUUUUGCUUUCUAAAAAAAAAUCCAGAAUAUCUUGAAGGUUUUCAAGUGUUAUUAAAUUAAGUUAUAUGGUCUUUAUUUACAAAGAUCUGUUGUAAUUUAGAUGUUUUUACCCAAAAGACAACACUAAACGAGUUCACUUUUUGCAGUUCCAAGUUUUUAUUGUUUUAUUUUGAUGUAUUUUUUUAUUAUUUUUUUUGAUAUUGAUGUAUUUUAGUAGCUGUUAGAAUACCACUUUCUUGGUUAAAAAAAGUAUAUAUUGAGUGUAUUUAUAAAAAUAAAAUUGGAGAUUUGUUGAAGGAUAUGCCUGUUAUUUAGAUUUAGUAAAGAGCUGUGCUGAA